AUGCCCGACGACUCUGCUGCAUCGCGCAGGAAACCGACUUUCGACACACUUUCUCGCGAAAAUGCCUUCAAGAAUCCACCAAAGAACGGCUCAACCUACAAAAUCCUGAACGAGUUCGUCGCCCCGCACAUCGAGUCUUUCAAUGCACUCUUCGACGACUCUGGGCUGCCUUCGGGCGACGGUGACGGCAGAGGUCUGUUGUCGUUGGCCCUGAAGGAUAUUGGAGAGCGUGUCGCAUUCGAUGGGCGAGGAGCAGACCCGGAGAGCUGGGGAAACAGGAUGCGGAUAUGGAUCGAACAGGUUACUAUCGCCAGGCCUAUGGUCUCGGACAGGGACAGGACUGCGCGGGAGAGGAGAGUAUUCCCUAGCGAAGCUCGCGAACGCCUAACAUCUUAUCGUGGACGGAUGACCGUAAAACUCUGCUGGACAGAUCCUUCAGGUCAAAAACAUGAAAUGCCAAAGGACUGUGGUCUAAUACCAAUCAUGGUUCGGUCAGUCCGAUGUAAUUUGCGAACACUAUCAUCUGCAGAACUCGUGCAGCGUCAUGAAGAACCUGAAGAGUUCGGUGGAUACUUUGUGAUCAACGGUAACGAACGUCUGAUUCGAUACCUCAUUCUUCCUCGCCGAAACCAUGUCAUUUCCCUCAUCCGACCAUCCUUCUCAAACCGAGGCCCUUCGUACACCCAAUACGCCGUCCAAAUUCGAUGCGUGCGACCCGACCAAACUAGCGUUACAAAUACGCUCCAUUACCUUGCGAACGGCAGCGCAAUGUUCCGAUUCACCUGGAGAAAGCAGGAAUACGUUAUCCCUAUCAUGCUCAUCCUCAAGGCCUUGGUUAACGCCUCCGACAAAGAAAUUUUCGAGGGCGUCGUAAUGCAGGACUAUGACAAUACCUUCCUCACCGACAGAGUGGAGUUGCUUCUGCGAAGUUUCAAGAUGUACACUAUGCACACCGGCGAGCAAUGUUUGGAGUACUUGGGAGACAAGUUCCGCGUUGUUCUCAACCUUCCCGAGGACUGGACGAAUGCUGCAAUUGGAGCUUGGUUGAUCCAGAAACUUGUCCUUGUGCACCUCGAGACACCUCGAGACAAAUUCCGAAUGCUGCUGUAUAUGCUUCGCAAGAUGUAUUCAUUGAUUUCUGGCGAGUGUUGCGCGGAUAACCCCGAUUCCCCUCAACACCAAGAAGUACUCCUUCCCGGUUCGCUGUAUGGCAUGAUCAUCAAGGAGCGAAUGGAGGAAAUAUUGAACGCUAUCCGGGCCACCAUUGCUAUGGACGUUAGAACCGGCGCUAACGUCGAUUUCCACGACAAGAAAUAUUUCGCCAAGGUUUUGACCAAGGUGAACUUCGACAUUGGCUCCAAAAUGUCCAACUUUUUGGCCACAGGAAACUUGGUCUCUCCAACAGGACUUGACCUUCAGCAAGCGUCUGGUUUCACGAUUGUAGCCGAGAAGCUCAAUUGGCAACGGUACAUUAGCCAUUUCCGGUGUAUCCACCGUGGUGCCUUUUUCGCAGAAUUGAAAACCACCACCGUCCGUAAGCUGUUACCAGAAGCUUGGGGAUUCCUCUGCCCAGUACAUACGCCUGACGGCUCUCCUUGUGGAUUGCUUAACCAUUUGUCAAGAACAUGUCGCAUCAUCACCUCUCCCCUAACAGUCGCACAUAUCCCCAACCUUUUGGCCGCUCAUGGGAUGACGCAGUCCUUUGCUACUUCAAUAGACGGCAGGAAGAACCUCUGCGUGCAACUCGAUGGUCGCGUCAUUGGUUGGGCCAGACCAGUCGUUGCUGCCCAGCUCGCAACCAACCUCAGGAUAUGGAAGACGGAAGGGAAGUACGAGGUUCCUUUGGAUCUUGAGAUUGGUUUUGUACCAGAAUCCCAUGGCGGCCAAUAUCCCGGCUUGUUCUUGUUCUCGACGAAGGCUCGGUUCAUGCGACCGGUCAAAUACCUUGCGAAUGGGAAGGAUGACCAGAUCGGCUCCUUCGAGCAGGUGUAUAUGAACAUCGCCUGUACUCCUGAGGAAAUCGAAGAAGGCGUAUCAACACACGUCGAACACGACCCCACCAACUUCCUCUCCAUUCUCGCCAACAUGACACCUUUCUCCGAUUUCAACCAGUCUCCUCGUAACAUUUACCAGUGCCAGAUGGGUAAGCAGACGAUGGGAACACCAGCAACGGCCAUUCAACAUCGAACGGACAACAAGCUCUAUCGUCUCCAAACGGGUCAGUCGCCAAUCGUCCGACCAUCCCUCCACAACACAUACGGCAUGGACGCCUUCCCCAACGGUACCAACGCUGUCGUCGCUGUCAUCUCCUACACUGGCUACGACAUGGAAGACGCCAUGAUCCUCAAUAAAUCCGCUCACGAGCGAGGUUUCACCUACGGCACCAUCUACAAAUCCCAAAUCAUCGAUUUGAAAGAGGUCCGGGGUGCCUCCAAGUCUUCUUCUACACCAACGCUUCAUUUCGGCAUUGCUGGUGAUAUCAGACUUACGGGUGACAACGCUCAUCCGUGUGCCGAGUUUGUCGAUAAAGAUGGGCUGCCCUUCCCUGGUGUGAGGGUGAAGCCCGGAGAUCCACUUGCAGCUUACAUCGACGAUACCACUGGUCGCACCAGAUUCGUCAAGUACAAGGGUGAUGAAACUGCCUAUGUCGACCAAGUUCGGUUACUGGGAAGUGAUGCAGGCGAUUCAGAGCUCCAGAAAGUUCAUGUCACCCUUCGCAUCCCUCGUGCUCCCGUCAUCGGAGACAAGUUCUCUUCUCGACAUGGACAAAAGGGUGUUUGUUCGCAAAAGUGGCCUGCAAUUGAUAUGCCGUUCAGUGAGAGUGGAAUUCAGCCUGAUGUUAUUAUCAACCCGCACGCUUUCCCUAGUCGAAUGACGAUUGGUAUGUUGGUGGAGAGUAUGGCUGGAAAGGCUGGCGCAAUGCAUGGUCUUGCUCAAGAUGCUACACCUUUCAAGUUCACCGAGGAAGACACUGCCAUUGACUACUUUGGAAAGCAACUCCUGGCAGCGGGCUACAACUACUAUGGCAAUGAGCCGAUGUACUCAGGCAUAACAGGCCAGGAAUUCGCAGCCGACAUCUACUUUGGCGUCGUCUACUACCAGCGUCUUCGACACAUGGUGUUAGAUAAGUUCCAGGGUCGAAAACGUGCUGGUGGUAUUCGAUUCGGAGAGAUGGAGCGAGACGCGCUUAUCGCCCACGGAACGUCAUUCCUCUUGCAAGACAGACUGAUGAACUGCUCCGACUAUUCGACAGCAUGGGUGUGUCGAACCUGCGGCAGCUUGAUUUCAUUGGGAUACGAAGAUGUGUCUCUUGGAGAGAUGGUUUCUGGACCAGGACAACGGCUUAAGCCCACAGGUCCAGGCGGAGAGUAUUGUCGAAUCUGCCGUGCUGCAGCCGAGGAAGAGGAAGAACGCGAACGACGCGCGAUCCAGACUGGCCAGCACCUGCAACGACCUCAGGCCGAUGUCACGGUCGCCAUCUCAUCAGAACACGUACUCAACAGUGCUUCUAAAGGUGGCGAUCUUGAUGUUGUCGCCGUCCCUUAUGUAUUCCGCUACCUUUGCGCAGAGUUGGCUUCCAUGGGAAUUGCGGUUUCACUGGAGGUCAAGUAA